AUGGAAGAUUAUAACACUUUUCUUGAUCAUAAAGAAUCAAGUGAAUACAAAUUUCACUGGGACAACGAAAAUGUUUACAUUGUUGAUAUGGCCAACCCAGAACACGAAGCCCUUGUCUCACUGCUUCAAGACUAUUUUAAAGUUCCCAACGGAGAUGUAAUCAUUGACCCUCCAAUAGAUGUUGAGGGUCAGCCAUAUCAUUAUAAUCCAACCGUUAUCAGAAAAAAACUAGCACCAGAUAUUACAAUCUACCAAAAAGUAGCAUUUGUUCCAAAUCCCACUUCUCCGCAUCCUGGUCCUCUCCCCAGUGAUUUAAAGCUAUGGAAACGUCAAGGACUAGCACUACUAGCAGCGAGUGCAACAGUGCCGACAAUGCCGGGAAUAUUUGUCCAAGAGAUAAAAGAAUCUGAUGGUUAUUUAUAUUCGCCGGAAGAUUUAAUUAACGAUAUUUCUUCGGAUGGUGAAAAUGGUAGGCGUGUAGAGACCGAUUGGUGA